UGCACUUAUUAUGUGUACAAAACUGCACCGUAGACCACACUCAAUCAACAUUUUGGCGGUUAGCCUUUCUCUGAUGACCACCAAACCUCAGUUUAUCACCACUUCAGAAUCUGAAGCUACUUGAGUUGGGGCCGCCAGAAAAAUUUUGACCAAAAGCUAACAUUGGACUGUACUUUGUGGCUGAAGCUUUUGAUGUCACUGUCACUGUCUCUGUGCUGGGUGCUUAACUCUAACACCAAGCCAAAUCAAGGAAUACUUGCUCGAUUGAGUUGGAUUUUUUUAUCGGUGGAAAGGAUUUGCUAUUUCCUCAUCAAAACCUGCCGUUAAGUGGAGCUGGAGAUAAGUUGAACAAGCUCUGCCUUACCCAAAAAACGCUGAUCCAGUUUUGGCAGUUGGAGGGGUAAUGACAGAUUCUCUGGGCAGCCGAGUUUUCAAAAGACGGUUGAGAUAACUUGCUCCUGAGUUAAACUGGAACUUGGAGAAGUCUUACAUUGAUCAUCUUUUCGGAUUUGAUUUGAGAGACACCGCAGUGUGCUUCGGAAAUGGAGGCGACAUUAAUGUGGGCAUUGGUCACGACCUUGGUUUGCGGUGGGGGUCUAGUUGGAGCUAAUCCCUUCAGGGUCGAGCCGCAGGACGCCACGGCCGCAUUGGGAGAAACUGUGGUCCUGCCUUGUAUUCUCCGCAAUACCACCCUGUCGCACUGUAACGUGUUCUGGUAUCGCUCUGACGAACAGAUCUACAUCAGCCGCAACCGUCGCAUCAUCGACCGUUUGUCGCCCGAGGUCCGUGAGCGCUACUCCAUCCUGGGCAAUCGUUCCAGCGGCAUCUACUCUUUACAGAUUCGUGACCUUGUUGCGAGCGACAUGGGCGAGUACAAGUGCACGUGCUUCCCGCGAUCACACGCCAAUGCCUACCUCUCACCCCCGGCGGCGAUUUUUAUCGUCGCAAGGCCUCCGGAGGAGUACCCAGUCUGUCGACUACGUGAGGGAACUGGUCCUCUGAUGGUCGGGCAGAAGGUAUCCUUUCUGUGCGAGUCAGUCGGUGGAAGACCGUCCGUUGCUCUGCAGUGGAUGCGAGGACAGGAGAACAUUGCGGCCGAUUUCACCUUCAACCCGCACUCCAUCAGCGUGUAUCGCAAGACGCUGACUCUUGAAGACAGUGAGGAGGUACUGACCUGCGUAGCGUCUGGACUGGCAAUGAAGACGCCACGCAACUGCACCAUCGGUCCUCUGAGCGUCAUCUCACCGCUCCAGAUCCAGACACAGAAAAUCAUCGCCAAGCACGGCACGCGCGAGGAGUCUCCGCGCAUCGUGUUCACGUGCAACUCCAACGUGAACCACACGGGACUGGCCACCGUGUACAAUUACACAUGGUACGCCAACAGCGUUAGGAUUACCGCUGCGACUCCAGGGUUCAAUCUUGCAAGUGAUGGCAUGUCCGUCCAGGUGACGGAUGUAUCGUUGUUCUCCCAGAACAUUCACAUCAUCUGCGCGGCCCACGGAACCCAGGGCUCUCUCGGCAACGUCAGCACUUUUUUGGACGUGGACAGCAUCGCAGGCUUCACGGCCAUCCCAAGCGACGACCCCACCAAAACUGACCCGCCAAACAAGGGUGUUGUUUCUAUCUCCGGAAAUCAAUCUUUUGACAUACGACCCUUCAUCUACUUAGUCCUUGGUGCUUUCGUCCUGAUGACUACCAUGAUCGCAAUCGUAGUCUGCACUCCGCGUUCGUGCUGCCACUCCAAAACCGGUUCCCGACUCCGACGCCGGGACUCCCGAUUCACCACCAUGCACUACGUCCAGCAGCCCACCGGUUCCCCGGCCCGGGCCAUUGCUCACCAGGAAUCCCUUAACUUGUACGAGUCCACUGCAGACAGCGACACCGAAAGCACGCGGCAGGGUGCGGCCACGACUUCCCUCACGCAACAACAAAAGCAACAGGUGCAAGCCACGCUGCACGUCGUUGUUCACUCCGGUAACGAUCCCAACAAUCAGACCAUGCCGAGAGGUAACUCGGGGACUUUCGGGGACGACCAAUCCUCCAUCUACCAAGAGGUGCCUCCUCCUCCGCCUCCCCCGCCCCCUCACGCCAACACCCUCCGGUUCCACCCUCCGAAGACCUCCUCCAGUGCCGGUCUCCGAACCCAAACCUGGGGUCACUCAUCCUGCAAGAGCAACCCGUUCAACUACGAGCACAUCCCUUCGGACCUGAUGCACUACGAUCAUCUCGGAGGAUGCUACGUCCAUACCCUACCCAUGCGACCCACCAGACCGUCGGUUCACCAGAAGUUUCUGUAUACUCCGCAGUACGCCGCACUGAACAAGUUUCACCAUCCCCAUCAGGGAACACAUGGAACAGUGGAGAGCAUGUAUGAGAACGUACCCAUGCAUCACGCUCGGAGUCUUUCACUAACAACUGGAUACUAAAACAGAGGACAUGUUUCUAUAGACAUGCAUACUUUGUAAAUACGCAGACUUUUAAAACAGGAUGUAUUAUAUUGUGUACAUAUUUGACAAGUUACAUUUUAAAUAUAAACAAACAUCUUGAAGUUUCCUCACCUUAUACAUUUUUACUGACCUCAAACAAAGUUUGUAUGUUUGUUCUGUGAACCAGAAAAAAAAUACAAGAAAAAUACAUGUACAUUUGAAAAUGCAUUUUUACUUUCUUGUUACAUGUGGUUUUUUUUGUAGUACUGAGAUUAAAAGUUUGCUCUAUUAAGGUUUUUUUCACAGAAUUAUGCUAUGUAUUGUGAAUCUAGACCAGAAAAAACUAAUCGAA